AUGUCAAUCCUCACAAUUUCGAAGCUUGCAGAUGAACUCUUUCUGCAACCCAUCGUAAUAUCCCUGAACAGCUUGGCCCUGUCAACACUUAUGUCCUAUGUCAUGUCCGUCAAUGGAAGCAUCGACUGGAGACCGAUAACCAUCUGUGUCACCUCAGAUAUCCUUGCCAUAGGUGCUGACCAUCUUAAAGAUAAAGAAGAGGAAUUUUCGUCGGAUCGCAAUGACGCCAACGACCCACGCCUCACCUCUUGGUUUAUAUAUGCACGAACCUUCCUCACAGCCAGCGCUGUGCUCCUUGCAUUGGCCCUAUCUCAGUGUCCAAUUUCGACGCACCUCACCACGGCAUCGUUCGUCGUUCCUGCCUUGCUCUGGACCACUCCGAUUAGUUUCAAGAAGUUUUGGCUGAUCACGAGGCGUCUCCUCGGGAGGUUUGGCGGAGACGAGCAUCGGCCUGCUACUACAUCUGCGCCUGUCCUGGUCAUUAAACGCAUCCCUGGCAUGAAAUCCAUUUUUAAUGGCAUCAUUCGAGGAUGUGGCAUCUACACUGUUGUCUUCUCCGUGUUGUCAGGAUCGGGCAAUCUGACUAACACGCUGCCACCUCCGUGGAGUAUUGUUCAACUAAUAGUCUGGUCAACCGUCAACCGCUCAUGCCACGCAACCAUGACUGAUGUCCGUGAUUUCGAAGACGAUAUGAAGGCCGGCGUCCCCACUAUACCCGUCCUUCUCGGUUCCAUACUCAAAACGAAGGUUAUAUUAACGACUUGUCAUAUGUUGGUUAUGUUGGCCUUUAUCGAAAACACGUACAUUAUGGGAAGCUGUCUAUUUGCCGUAGCUCUGGUGUGGAUGCUCGGCAAAAACUCUCCGAAAAAGGCGUUCUUGUUUAGUUCUCAUUCGCAGUCCUUGUUUAUUAUCUGGUAUUUGUUGACGAGGCAUAUUUAG